GACUUCGCUGGGCAAGGGAAUCAGUUUGGGCUUUCACAGUACGACUCUCACUCACUGAAUCGAAAAUUGGCCGCUGCAGCUGCGAGUAUUUAACGAAGCUCGAGUCGCCAACGGGCGGAGCCACAAAUUUGCUGUACGCAUUCGCAAAUUAGACACACGUACGGGCAUGUGUGCGUGCAUGUGGUGGGGCGGACAGUUGGGGUUACGCUUUAAAUUUGGGUAACUGAACCAGAGAAGUUCGGAAAUGCCUAUAGCUUUGUUGUAAUUGUGAUGCAGCAAAGUAUUCCUGCAAAUCUGCUAUCGCCUGCGCGCCGCGCAACUUGGAGAGCGAGCGCAGCGCAUAAAUGCUGUAAUAUCAGGCGGACUCUCGCGAUCUCCGUCGGCCUACAUACGAUAAUUAGUCGAAAGUAGUCUAAAAGCGCUGCUGCUUUUGCUUCACGGCGCCUGUGCUGGGAUAGGUACUUUCCCCGCAGUGUCCGAAGCAAUUUUCCCUAACAUCGGGAGCGUUAACCGAUUUUUUGCACACACAUACUCGUCCUCGUCAUAGACUGCCGAACCUCGAGAACACGCACACUCCGCAGUUAACAGCAGCAUGACAAAAAAUGCGCAAAUUCGUGUAAAAAAAAGUGUAACAAUAUGGAACAACAACAUUUACAACAAUAACAGCUGUAACACUCAUACAUAACUGCAAUAGCAACAACGAAGGCGGGCAAUGGCUUUGACUCUGACUAAGGCAACUGCGGCAACUGCGACGGCGGCGUCAGCGACGAAAAGCGAAAAGCAGGCAACUCUCCGAAUCCGAAUUGGACAGGCGGACUGCGCUUUUUUGCGAAUUCAGUUGAGUUUUUUAAUUCGAUCGGCGCACAGUAAAGGUUCUGUAACUAAAAAGUUAGUGAGCUAAAACGCAUUCGCGUCAGUUUAGUGCGCCCAGGCCGAACGUAAAUUACAAGCAAACGCGCAAUCCUACAGCGUUCACCAAUACACAGCCACAUUGCGCUAUAUACUAUAUACUUAGACCCACACACACACACACACACAGAGAAGUACCGAUACGUUUGGCGCUUAGCUCGCUAGCUAGCUAAGUGAGCGCUCGCAAGUGGACUUGCGGAUAUAAAAUUUUACGCAAGAAACGGCAUACUUUUUCGCCACACAACAAAUUUAGACGCGCAACAAAACGGAAGGAAUUCGGAAAAAGCAAAACAAACGCUCCCGACAAAAGUCAAAAAUUCCCUAAAUACAAUUGUGAUCUAACAAAACAGUUUCAUAAAACAAUAUGGGACAAUCAGCAGUGCAAAAAGACAAGAAUUGAACUCAACUGAAUCAAAAUCCAAAGCAAAAGCAAAAGGAUACAAACUAUUUAAUCUUGAAUGAAGUGAAGUUAAAAAAAAUAAUAAAAACAUUACAAAAAGGGCAAUUGGGUAUUUUCAAUAAAAAACUAAAAUAAAAAUUAGUGAGCCUAAAAACAUUUACCUUUGGCCAAAUUGAACUGAAAUGUUAAAAAAUGGAAAACAAAUUGCCAAAAUAUUUUAAUAAAACGCUGCUCAUUACGUAGUGGAACCGAUAAAUAUUAAGUUUUAUUUAAAUUUAUGAAAAAUAUAUCUACACAAAUACAAACAUAAAACGUAAAUAAUAGAGUAAAUCAACUUCCCAAAUAGUCAAACUGAAGGGAGAGAGUACAAGCAAAAAACAAAAACUCAAAGACGAAGAAGAAGAAGAAGCGACAAAGUACAAUUUGACGGUUCUUAAAAACCAAACAAAACACAACAACAACACCACAUUAAGAAUACAACUACAAAAACUAAAAGAAAGCAAUCGCCAGUCAGUUUGCUGAAGAAUAAUUAAUUUUCAAAAUUAAACCAGUCCCAACAACAACAACAACAAGAAGAAGAACAACUACAACAUAUCCAUAAGAGUGAAAGCAAGUCGUUAGUGACGCUGUCAGCAACAGCGCCAACGCAACACAUCCCACACACACACAUACACGGACCCGGAAGCGGACACAGUCCCAGCCCAGCCACAAAGAUGGACACAGAGACACAGCAUUUCUGUUUGCGCUGGAACAACUACCAAAGCAGCAUAACAUCGGCGUUUGAGAAUCUGCGCGACGACGAAGACUUCGUCGACGUGACAUUGGCGUGCGAGGGGCGCAGCAUUAAGGCACAUCGCGUCGUCCUCUCCGCGUGCAGUCCAUAUUUUCGCGAUUUACUCAAGAGUACACCGUGCAAGCAUCCAGUGAUCCUUUUGCAGGAUGUCAACUUCCUCGAUCUACACUCGUUGGUGGAGUUCAUCUAUCAUGGAGAGGUGAAUGUGCAUCAGAAAUCAUUGCAGUCCUUCCUUAAAACGGCAGAGGUACUUCGAGUCUCGGGUCUCACACAGCAGCAGGCCGAGGAAACCCAUAGUCAAUUAGCUCAAAUACAAAAUCUGGCGAAUGCCGCCAAUGUGACACGCACUCCACACAACUCACACCACAACUCAUUGUUGGAGGAGCCGCCGCUAUAUCCGCGCAACAGCGGAUCACCACCGCCACCACCAGCAUCCCAGCAUGUGCCAUACGCAUCCACAAACAUCAACAGCCAGUUGUUCAAGCGCAGCAUUGCCAUGCUGCGUCGCGAACGGCACAACUCCACACCAUCGGCCGAGGACUCGAAUAAUGCUAUGAAACGUCUGCGUGGACCCGACAAUGGUUUGCCCUCGAGCAAUAAUAACAGCCCCGAGAUAGUACAUCAACGCAGCGCUUCGCCACAAUUGACACCGGCCGAUUUCUCCACCAUCAAGCACAACAAUAACAACACACCACCGCUCAAGGAAGACAAACGCAAUGGACCCACUGGCAAUAACGGCAAUAGCGGCAAUGGCAACACUGACACUGGCAACGGCAAUGGUAUCACAAACAAUGACAAAGUGGGCGGUAGCUUAACCUCCUCACCGCUGACACGCACCGCCGAGGAUGUCAAAUCGGAACCCAUGGAACUGGUCUGCUCGAAUAACAAUCCGACAGUGGUCGAUGAGCACAGCAAUGACUCGACUGGUGAGCAUGAAGCGAACCGUUCCAGCAGCGGCGAUGGCGGAAAAGGUUCUUUGAGUUCGGGAAACGAUGAGGAAAUUGACAACAAUAUGCCAACACAUCCACCACCACCAUAUUUGAUGUCGCCGGCAGAGAGCAAAUUAUUUUCGCCGGCCGCCUUCAGCUUUCCCAUGGGCGGUCUAGAUCCUGCCGCGUUAGCUGGUUUUAACUCGCAACUACAGUCUGCCGCCGAAAUAUCAGUUUCUCCGCAAGGUGGAAGCACCAACCUGCUUGGCGGCGUUAUAAUACCCGGUGGCAGUCCCAAUACAAGUAGUAGUAGCAACCAAAAACUGCAACAUGAACAUCUCCACCAUUCCACCACUACCACUACCACAACCACAGCCACCACAAGCUCAACUCAUCAGUUCCACCACCACCACCAUCAUCAGCAACACCAGCAACAACACCACCAACACCUUCAUCAUCAACACCCACAGCAGGAAGCAUCCUCACCGCAUCACCAACAGCAAUUGCUGCCGCAGCAUUUGCGCAGCGACCGCGACCGCGACUCCGACCGUUCGAACGCUGACUGCAGCCCGCACUCACCCAUCCACCGCAUGCCAAAGCGACCGGCUAGCGAGCAGCCACAUCACACACAAUCCCACCUCUCGACGGCCUCCUCGCCAUCCGACGUUAUUGCGUCCACACCACCGCCGCUGCCCGCACCACAACACAUGAAACCACCGUCACCGCACCACAGCCACCAGCAUCCGCACUUUGGCCACCAACAGCUGCCGCUCGGCAUGUUGCCAUCGCACCAUCUACACGCACAUCACGAACUGAGCGCCUCCUCGCACCACCACCAUCACUUGUCGCGCACCGGUUCACCGCUGGACCAUCAUCAUCUGUUGCACCACCGACGCUCCUCGCUCUCGCCCUCGCCCACCGGUCGCGGCUCCGGCGGCUCCGCCGCAGGCAUACUAUCGUCGACGCGUGGCGGCGAUAUGGUGGGCGGCAGCAGUCGAUUGCUCUUGCCGCUGCCAUUGAACGCUUGCCACCGCUGCGACGUGUGCGGCAAACUGCUCAGCACAAAGCUGACGCUGAAGCGGCACAAGGAACAACAGCACUUGCAGCCGCUCAAUAAUGCCGUUUGCAAUCUGUGCCACAAAGUCUUUCGCACGUUGAACAGCCUCAACAACCACAAGAGCAUAUAUCAUCGCCGCCAGAAGAAUCACCACUCCUACUUUCAUCACAGCGCGGUGGGCGGCGGUGUGAGCGGCAGCCCCAGCAGCCGACUCCAUCAGUCGCUCAGCUCGCUGAGUGCCGCAGCAGUUGCCAACAAUGGCGUCGGAGCGGGUGGCAAUGGCAAUGCAGUGGCAGCAGCAGCAGCGGCCGCUGCCGCAGCAGCCGAGCUCUUACUCUCGCCAAUAGUGGGCGCCGCGGCGGUGGCAGGUGGUGGCGGCGCCGGACCCACAGUGCAGCUCGCACACGGCGGCCAGCAACAGUCCUCACCCAAUAUGGUGAAGCCCUGCAUGGACUUCUUAUAAGAUCAACAUCACCUGCUGCAACAGCUCUUCCAUGUUGCUUUGAACGCGCCACAACCGCCACCACCACCCUCGCUGUCUGCAAGCAUGAGUCCGUUGUCCGCCAUGGGACAAGGCGCAAUGCCGGUCUCAUCAAUGGUCGACUUACAGUAUGGCCAUCAACUGCCGCCCACCGUGGACCUAACGCAGAUGGAUCACUACGGUGGUGCUGGCAGGGGCAGUGACGGCAGUGGCGGUGUGGACCGUGGCAGAGAACAUUAUGAGCGCAUCAAUCUGUUGGAGCACUAAGUGGCUGUCAACCUAUUAUACCGACAACCAACCGAACUAAACCGACCGUACCGAUCAAGUGAUCAAAUCAAGAAGAAAGAGCAAAAUAAGCAAAACUCGAAAUAAAAAGUUACCAAAAAAUAACAAAAAAGUGUAAACGGAGCCGAGACUCCCAACUAAAAUCUUCGAAACGCAGUGAGAGACCGACCGACCCUCCCACAGUGAAACGAGCUAAAGAUUUUAAAACAACAGAACAAACUAGAACUCAGAAACAAGCGAGCAGAAAAGGAAAAACAAAAAACAUUGCAUGAAGAAAUUAACUAAAAUAACUGAAUUGAGAAAAGCAAGAAUGCAAAACUGUGAUUUUUUACAUCUCUUUUUUGAGUUUUACGAACAAAAUAUUCAAAUAUUAUUUCGAUGUACAACAUCUAGGACUCUUAUACAUAUAUGUAAGCAAAAGCACUGUGGACAUAUAACAAUUAAUUUAAUUUAAGUGUAGACAUAACGGUUUGCAGCAGAUCCCAAAGGAGUGGGGACUACUGAGAAGGACUAAGCGCGGAUUAAGCAAUGAGGAAAAAAGAUAUUUUGUUUUGACAACUUUCAUAUUCAAAUGUCAAAUUAAAGCAAAAACAAAAACAGAAACAAGAAUGUGUGAAUGUCAGGUGUUUUAGGGAAGAUUGAUGAUUGAAGACUACUGUAGAGCAAUUCUACUUGAACUUAAAUUUUGUUUUGAUUAUGAUUAUUAGACAAGUUUAGUUCAUGGGUUCCGUCUCAAGGCAUCCAGAGUCCCAAAACGUGAACUCUAAUACAAUGAAACCAACAACAACUAGCAACAAACACACAUACAACUGUAGGUAGAAUGAUGAUAAUAAUGAGAUGUGCAAUUUUUAUUUGUUGACAAUACAAAUUUAUUUAGUCUUAGUAUUAUGUUUUAACGUUAUACACACACUAUAUAUAUCAGAGAACAAGAAGAAUCACUUCAAGCAGUUAGGAAUUAAGAUUGAAUCCGUUACCAGUUAACCAAUAUGGACCACGAGUGCGACAACACUCAUGCAAACAUACAUACAUACAUAUGCAAAUACAUACAAAUAUUGAUGGACUCACUUCGAUAGAGAUAUAGAUAUAGAUAUAUGUGAAAAUCAUACAAUAAAAACAACAACAACAAUGUAAUAUAACAUGUAAUAAUUUGCCCUCUCCUAAAUGUUACAAACACACAGACGAAUGUAAAAACUAUAAACUGCAUAUAUAAUAUAUAUACAUAUAUAUAUACUAGAUACAGAUCUUUAUAUAGCCAAUAAUAUUUAAGCGUUUAACCAUUUAUCAAUACAAACACACAUAACUGUACAUACAGACAUGCGUGCGAUGUAUUCAAGAAUCACAUGCAGAGCAUAGGAUUUUCAAAGUUUUAAACUAAUUAGACUAAGGCUAAGGUGGAGAAGAAUCUGCAGUUCGUUAUGCAUAAAUACAUAUUCACAUACAUACACACACACACACACACACACAUACAUAUAUAUUGUAGGUAUAUAUAAGACUACACUUUUGUAUAUAGGCGAUAGGUUAUAUAUAUAUAUACAUGCAUAUGUACAUAACGGUGUAUAUUAGCAACUUUCUUUUUUUGUUCGAAAUAUUUUAUUUUCUCUGAAAUUUUACACAAAAUUGGAGUAUUGAUAAAAUAUAUAUAUUUUUUUACAAUUUUACAAAGCAUAGAGAGAACAUUGAAUCACGGGCCUUAAAUUAGCCAUUUUUGGAUUUUAUUUUUUUUUUUUUUGAGGGAACUCAGAAGUCUUUGGAUUGCCUGCGAAAUUUUAUUUUUCAAAACCGCGAUGGCAGAGUAACAGCUUAUCUGGCAGACAUUUAAUGCUACACGGACUUACUGGGCGCAUGCCUGCGGACAAGUGGUUGCCAUGUCAGCUGCAGCAAGAACUGAUAGAUUUUAGGCAAAAGUGCAGACUAAAAAAAUGAUUUAAAACUCGUGCAAAUUUGACCAUUUUUUUACUCCUCUCGAGCAAAAUUGAUAUAUAACAAAUUUUUUAAUGUAUGAUAACUAAAGGUAUUGUGAAAUUUAUGACUAAAAAAAUUGUGAUUCGCGUUUAAUUGGCAUUAGGGGCGUGUGAAACACGCGCAGAUUAAAUCAAAAUUUUUGUAUUUAGCUAUAGAAAUUCGAAACAAAAAUGGAGGAAGUAAUCGAAUGAUUUUCAUUUCAUUUGUAGAAGACUGAGAAUUGGCAUUUCGAAAGAAGUAAAAUUUUAGAAAACCAAAAAUUAUUUCAAAAACAAAAAAUUAUUUGAUUAAAAAAUUUUAUAUUUUGAGCGAAUGAUUUUAAUAAAAAAAAAAUAUUCGAAAUUUUAAGCAAAAUUUUAGAAAUUUACGAUUUUUUUUUACCAGAAAUUUUAUCUCAAAAUCGGCGAAAUAUAUUUACAUGUAUUAAGUAAGAUUUAGAAAUUUGGGUAUUUAUUUUUUAUACUAAAUUUUAGGGACAAAAAAAAAAUAACAAAACUUUAAAAGGCUAGGCAUAUUUUUGGAGGUGAAAGUCUGUUUUAUUAUAACAAUUCGAUACCAAAUUUUAUUAUUUACACAAAAGCAAAUAUUUUUUUUUAUUUUUACUAAAAUUUAUUUUUUUAUUAUUACCUUUGAUUUACCACCUUUGUCAUGGCGCUGACCUGAAGGGGCGGCGCUGUGAGGAGUUCAAAACUUUUUUAUGCUUUAUAUACGGUAUUUCUCGUUUAUAUUUACACACACACACACAUACUAGGUUUUAUAUAUACACAUACGUAUAUGUAGGUGAUAGUUGCGAGGGCCACAUACUAUUAGCAAGUUGGGGUUUCGCGCCACAUGCAUAUACAUUAGGUACUGUUAACUUGUUUUCAGCAUUUCACAUGCGACAUGCGUACAUACUUAGUUUGAACUAAAGUGCUUUACUAACACACACUUACGAAUUAAAUUCACUAAUAAAUAUAGUUUAGAUAAUUAAUGUUUUAUAUAAUAUGCUUUACAUACAUACAUACAUACAUAUAUACAUAUAUGCAGGAGGCGUAGGAAUGACGAGAAACUGAUUUUGUAAAUGUGAAGUGAAGCGUAUAUAAGAACGAUAUAUAAUAUCCAUUAAAUAGCAAAUAGAAUUUUAUAAAACUUGUAAAAAAAUUUGAAAAACAAUGAAUCGGAUAUACUAUAUAUAAAUAUAUAUAAUAUAUGUAUAUGAUAAAAAGAUAUUAAUCUAAAUAUUGUACACAAAAGUCGCCAAAGCGUGGCAAAAAAAAAAAAAAACAAAAUUAAAUCUAUAGUUCAUUACACAUAGCGGUAAUGUAAUGUAAGCGUAAUUUUAUUGUAAAUACUUGAAAUACUUAUUGUAAUUAAAAGCAAAGUGAAAUAAUGUACGUUUUGUUAAUAUGAUUUUUUUUUCAAUUAUUAUACAAUUUAAAUGUCGUUCAUGAACACGUUUAUAUACAAACUAAUACAAACAUACAUAUAUUAUACACUUGUACGUUCAACGUCUCUCAACUUGUGUCCUUUAACGUUAAUUUUAUACAUACAUAAUACAACGCAAAGUAAGCCACUGCAGCCGAAUGCAAAUACAACAAAUAAUCAAUGAACGAAACAUGAAAAACAAAACCAUAACAUAAACAUGAUGCAUGCCAUACAUACAUAUAUGGCAUGGUCA